AUGGAGAAGACCGAUGAGAUCAUGACACACUCUAUCAUGAGGAUUGAUAAAGUUGAGACGGCGGUAGUGGAGGUCACCACAAGAUUGGGGAUCUUAGAGCACCAAGGAAUCUACUUGAGGAGUGGGACAAUCUAUGAGAGUCCUCCUAUGCCCGAGGUGGAAGCUAAGGAAGUGUCGGAAGAAGAUAUAGAAGAAGAGGAGAUAGAGGUGGAGUCAACUAAUAUGCCAUCCGAGGUUCAACUCGAGUUUUUGAAGGAGAUUAUGUCCAAGAAGAAGAAGUUGGUUGAUUAUGAAACCGUGAGCUUGACCGAGAAUUGUAAUGCAAUCAUCCAACAAAAGAUGCCAGCAAAGAUGAAGGAUCCGGGGAGCUUCGACAUCUCUUGUGUGAUGGGGAAUGAUAGGCAAACCAAUGCCUUAUGUGAUUUGGGGGCAAGCAUAAAUCUCAUGCCCCUAAGCUUCUUCCUAAAAUUGAAGUUUGGUGUCUUGAAGCCGACCACCAUCACCCUUCAAAUGGCGGAUAAAUCCAUCAAGUUCCCAAAUGGAGUCCUCGAGAAUGUCUUAGUGAGGGUGAAUGAUUCUAUCUUCCCCGUGGACUUUGUUGUCUUGGAUAUGAAGGAAGAUCCAAAUGUCCCUCUCAUCCUUGGAAGACCCUUCCUUGCAACCGGGAAAGCUCUGAUUGAUGUCACUAAGAGAACUCACCCUUAG